AUUUAUUAUUUAUUUUUCAAAAUUUGAUUCUCCCAAUCGGGGGAACUCACGUGAAGUACGUUUCUAAAGUGUCAAUAUUAAUCAUAAUUGCUUUUUUGUUUAAUUUUAACGAUAACAACAUAUAAAUUUGUAUUAUUUAAUUAUUUUAAAACAUUUUGAAUCUUAAAAUAUAAACGGUUGAUAUUAGUCUAAUACUAUUUAAGUACCAUUAUAAUUUUGAUUUGAAAUGGACCGGUUUGAGUAUGUUAAACCAGACCCUUCUGAUACAGUACUAUGUCGUCACAGCAAUGUUACAUUGUAUGAUGGAGAUUACAAAACUUCAUUUCAUCGUGGUAAUAUUAUCUUAACAGUCACUCGUCUCUUUUGGACGUCUGGAGAGGCAUGGAUAUCUUUGCAACUCCGAUACAUAGUAUACAUGGAGUCUGUAGUCACCGAAUCUUUGUUUGGAUCUAAAACCAAAACUAUUAUUGUUCAUUUAUUACCUUCGGACAAUAAAAAUCCUGGUCCUGUUGCAUGUGCUAAAGGUGAGUACAUCAAACUUGAUUUCAAGGAUAAGAUUCCUGAUGGAUUUUUGGAUGUAUUUCAAAAAACUGUGGCAGAAAAAAGAUGGGCUGCAACUAAAAUCCCUCACCAAAUUAGAACUGGGAUUGGAGGGAUUGAAAAAAAUAUUUAUGAAAAGCAAAAGGCAUCCGACAUUAGUAUUACAGAUGCUUUCAAAGAUUUGGAUAGACUAAUGAUCACUGCUAAAGACAUGGUGAUGUUAAGUAAAAAUAUUUCUGAAAAAAUUAAAGAAAAACAAGGUGCUAUAAGUGAUGAUGAAACUGUACGUUUCAAAUCUUACCUAUUGGGUUUAGGUGUUGAUGACCCAGUAACCAGAUCUGCAUUCACUGAUUCAAAUGCAUAUUAUACCACUCUUUGUAAAGAAAUAAUUAAAAUUAUUAAAGUUUCAUUAGAAGAAGUUGGUGGUACAAUGGCCCUUGCAGAAGUAUAUUGUCGAGUUAACAGAGCUAGAGGAUUAGAUCUAUUAUCGCCCGAAGAUUUAAUGAAUGCAUGUUACAUGAUGAAUAGUGAUAAAUCAUUGCCUGUGAAACUAAAAAAAUUUGAUAGUGGAGUACUAGCGUUACAAUCUUCUUUAUAUGAUGAGUCUAUUGUAUUAAAAAAAAUAGUUGAAGAAUUAAAAAUUAAUGGAUCUUUAAGUGCCCAAGAAUUAUCAACAUCAAUUGGAGUAUCGGUGGUAUUGGCUAAAGAAUAUUUGUUAUCAGCUGAAAAAAAUGGAAAGUCAUGUCGAGAUGAAAGCAUUGAAGGUUUAAGAUUCUAUCUCAAUAAAUUUUUAGAUGAAGAAAACAUGUAAAAUCAUAACUUUAAAAUAGUUAUUUAUUGUUUAAAUAUAUUGUUUUUAUAGUUAAAUUACAUAUGACACUUAUUAACUAGUAUAA